CUCUCACCAUAACGCUAGUCCUCAUCUCAAGUUAUUUUAGCUAAUGGUUCCUCUACUCAAGUGGUUGGAUCACGGCUAUUUCACUUAUAUCUUCCUUAUCUUUGUCCUCUCAUGUUUCCUCAACUUCCUUUGAAUUUGUUGUUCGUCAAUUAACUAAAGCUCUUGAUUGUUCUGAGUCUUUGCGCCAUCUCCUAGGUUACCAAGAUACGCCUACCUAUCCAAAUAUCUUGGCUUCCCAAGUGGACUCAUCGAUUCGUAAGUUGAAAGAAAACUUGAAAUGGCUCAACAUGGUCCGAGGCUGAUCAUCCCAAUAGAUGUGAAGAAGAAGCCCCACGAGCAGGCGCUUCCCCUUCACACCCGGUGGCAUCCGGAGAUCCCGCCGGUCGCGGAGGUACGGACCAGUGAGUUCUUCCGGGUGGAGAUGAUGGACUGGAGCGGCGGUGCGGUCACGCAAGAGUACUCCGUCGAGGACAUCAAGCAUACCGACCUGUCCAUCGGUCAUUACAUGAGUGGACCGAUCAGAGUUUUGGAUACAGAUGGAGUUCCAGCGAAGCCGGGCGAUCUUCUCGCUGUCGAGAUAUGCAACCUGGGUCCUCUACCGGGCGAUGAAUGGGGCUUCACAGCAACAUUCGACAGAGAACACGGAGGCGGGUUUCUGACAGAUCAUUUCCCAAGUGCAACCAAAGCUAUAUGGUAUUUCGAAGGAAUCUAUGCGUACUCACCGCAAAUACCGGGUGUGAGAUUUCCAGGUUUGACUCACCCUGGAUUAAUUGGAACUGCACCAUCUAAGGAACUCCUGAACAUAUGGAACGACAGGGAAAGAGAGGUUCAAGAAAAUGGACUGCAGACGUUCAAGCUAUGUGAGGUUGUGCAUUCAAGGCCACUAGCAAGCUUACCAUCAACCAAAGGCUCCGUCCUCGGCAAGAUUAAACAAGGCACUCCUGAAUGGGAAAGGAUUGCAAAGGAAGCUGCAAGAACAACUCCGGGAAGAGAGAAUGGGGGAAACUGCGACAUCAAAAAUCUAGGAAGGGGUUCAAAGAUAUAUCUCCCAGUUUUUGUGGAAGGAGCAAACCUCAGCACUGGCGAUAUGCACUUCUCUCAGGGUGAUGGUGAAAUCUCCUUCUGCGGGGCAAUCGAGAUGAGUGGCUUUUUGGAGCUCAAGUGCGAAAUCAUCAGAGGAGGGAUGAAAGAAUACCUGACACCAAUGGGGCCAACUCCCCUGCAUGUGAACCCAAUCUUCGAGAUAGGACCAGUGGAGCCGAGAUUUUCAGAAUGGCUAGUGUUUGAAGGGAUCAGCGUUGAUGAGAGCGGAAGGCAGCAUUUCCUUGAUGCCACUGUCGCGUACAAGCGAGCAGUACUAAAUGCCAUCCACUACCUCUCCAAAUUCGGGUACUCCAAGGAGCAGAUGUAUCUUCUAGUAUCCUGCUGCCCAUGUGAAGGAAGGAUAUCUGGAAUUGUGGAUUCCCCUAAUGCUGUAGCAACACUUGCAAUCCCCACUGCCAUCUUUGAUCAGGAUAUUCGUCCGAAGAACAAGAUUCCAGUCGGGCCUCGGCUAGUCAGGAAGCCAGAUGUCCUGAAGUGCACUUAUGAUGGGAAUCUACCUAUAACAAAGAACCUUAGUGCCACUAUGUAGUCCUCGCUCAGGUGUCGUAGAUCACAAUAGUUAAGGAAAACAUAUGUGCUUGCACAUCUUCCUAUUCCACGUUUACGAAGUAUAAGUAUUGUGAAAGCAAACAAUAUGUUACUUUGGACAAUACAAUUUGGGUGGCAUUCGACA